AUGGAAGGAAGGAAGAGUGUGGGGGGUUUGGAAAGAUUUAGGAGCGCGAGUGCAAGUGAGGCUGAGAGCGUAGGGAGUAUCGAAGACUGGGUGAAAAAGAGAAAGAGAGAGGAGGAGGGGGAGGAAGGAAAGCAGAUAGAUAUAUCGAUUAAGAGUAAGAAAACGCCGAGAUCACCGGUGGCAGGCAGGAAAGGAAAUAUAAGGGAAGGGGGGAGUAGUAGCGGAGCAGAAAAAAGGGAGUUGGGGGGAGGGGGGUUAGAGAAAGCAAUGUGGGAAUGGAAAGAGGAGAUGAGGACGAUGAUGGAAGGGACGAUGAGGAAAGUAAUGGAGCAAAUAGGAGAACAGGGAAGAAUUAUGGAAGAAAUAAGAAAGGAGUUAAGAGAACAGGACAAAAAAUGGAGGAAUGAGGUAGACAGAUGGACAGAACAUAGUAAGGGACUGGAGAAGCGAAUAAUCGAACUAGAGAGGGAAAAGGGAGUGGAUAGAAAGGAGGGGGGAAGAGAGGGAAAUGUAAAGGGAAAAACGGAAGUAGAGAUGAGAGUGAAGGAGUUGGAGAAACAGAUAGAAAGGAAAGAGAGGAAGGAUAGGAAGAAAAAUCUGAUAAUAAGAGGGAUGGAGGUGAGUGAGGGAGGGGGGAGGGAGGCGGUGGAGAAAGUAUUCGAUAGAAUAGGGGUUAAGGCAACGAUAGAGGAGGUGAGGAAAUUAGGAAGGGGUGAAGGAGCAAACGAGACAAUAUGGGUGAGACUGAAGGAUGAGGAACAGAGAAUGGAGAUAAUGAGCAGAAAGAAUAAACUGAGGGGUAGGAAGGAGAGGAUCAUAGAGGACUGGACAUGGAAAGAGAGGAAGAUGAGAUGGAGGUUAGAGGAGAUAGCAGGGAAAGAGAUGAGAAGAGGUAGGAAAGUAUGGAUAGGAUAUGGAAAAAUAAGGAUAGAAGAGAAAUGGUGGAGGUGGGAUGAAGAAGAGGAGGUGUUAGUAGACGGGAGAGGAGCAAUUAGAGAAGAAGACGAAGGAGAAAAGGAAAAAAUAUAG